GUGAAAUAUUGUGAAAGCAAAUUCAAAUACAAAGCUUGACGUGUUAUGAACUAUUUGAAAAUUACUUAGUUCAAUUUAAUAUUGUUUAUCGUAAAGUUAUUGCAAGAUCGUCAAAAUUGGUUACUUAAAAAAAACUUCCUUUGUGAUAACGGAAGGUAAAAAAGAGGACAAGAUGGGGUUUAGUUCACGCAUGGACUGCUGUGGCCAAUUCGUGAAAUACAGUCUGUUUAUAGCGAACUUUGUUAUGUUUGUGGGAGGAGCUAUUGUAUUCAGUCUUACUCUCUGGACUUUAAUUGAUAGAAGCUUUGUCAAUGAAUUGCUGGGGACAAAUCUUUUCUCCGGUGCUGUCUAUGUUCUGUUGGUCACUUCUGUCAUUAUAUGUUUAGUUUCAUUUCUUGGUUGUGUAGGCGCUGGAAAGGAAGUUAAGUGCUUGCUCUUAUCGUAUUUCAUCAUCGUUGCUUUGGUUUUCGUUACCAUGCUAAUUGGCGGCGUUUUGGGCUACGUUUUUCGUGAACGAGUGCAGCAAACUAUGCGUCAGGAAAUGCGUUCCACAAUGGCUUUGUAUGGUAGUCGGCGAGAAAUUACCCAGGCUUGGGACUUAACACAAGAACGUUUACAAUGCUGUGGCGUAGAUACUUGGCACGAUUGGAAUCGAUAUGGACUUGUGCCAGAAUCAUGCUGUCAAGAACUGUUUGGAGGACAACGCAAAGAAUGCGCUCUCUUUCCCAAUAUAACGAAUUUGUAUAAUCAAGGCUGUUUGUAUGUGGCUACAAAUUUCAUACGCGAUCAUGCAGCUGUUAUUGGAGGCACAUCUAUAGCCGUCGCUAUACUUAUGAUCUUUGGUAUGAUUUUCUCUUGUUUGUUAUUCAAUAUGAUUGAAUAACAUAUUUUUGGACAUUGCCGAGGUCAAGGGAACACCUGUUUAUUAAAUAAUGUUAUCAUAAAGUAUUAUCCGAGUGUAUGAUAUGUAAGAUUUGUUAUGCAAAAGUUGUCGCUUUUGUAAAAUUUAUAUAUGCUUAUGUACAUAAUUAAUUAUUUACUCUUAUAAAUACAUAGUGGUUUGUCAAUUCGUUAUUUUUUGUUA